GAAAACAAAUAUUAAAGAACAGGUACUACCUAUAUACCUAAUAGAUUCCUCUAACCCGUCAAAUGUCAAUGUAUCGACCGUUACAAUUAUGCACGUCUUCUAAUUGAAACAUUCUCUACUUUGCCAAUGUCUUAUCCCCAAAACUACAUAUAAAUAUGCAUUUACGGGGGCUUAGAAUUUCAUCACAAAACUUGCAAGUAUCAUUCACAGGAGAGGGAAGGGAGAGCUCAUCAUACGAAAUGAGGUCAAUCACAGCUUUGUUUUUCCUUUUCUGUUUCCUUGCUCCUUCUGCUUUGGCGCAGCUCCGAACUGGGUUCUACAGCCGCUCAUGCCCCCGUGCCGAAUCUAUCGUGGCUAGUGUUGUUGCCAACCGUUUCAGAAGUGACAAGUCCAUUACUGCAGCAUUUCUUCGUAUGCAGUUUCAUGAUUGCUUUGUCAGGGGUUGUGAUGCUUCCCUCUUGAUCGACCCAAGACCUGGAAGGCCAUCAGAGAAAAGCACUGGACCAAAUGCAAGCGUGAGAGGCUACGAGAUCAUUGAUGAGGCUAAGAGACAGCUCGAGGCUGCAUGUCCCCGAACUGUCUCAUGCGCAGACAUUGUAACUCUUGCCACAAGAGACUCGGUCGCAUUAGCUGGUGGUCCAAGGUUCUCAGUACCAACAGGAAGACGUGAUGGAUUAAGGUCAAACCCCAAUGAUGUGAACUUACCCGGACCAACAAUUCCGGUUAGCGCAUCUAUCCAAUUGUUUGCAGCUCAAGGUAUGAAUACCAACGAUAUGGUUACACUUAUUGGUGGUGGCCACAGCGUCGGUGUUGCACAUUGCAGUCUCUUCCAGGACAGGCUUUCCGACCGUGCAAUGGAACCCUCAUUGAAGUCUAGCUUGAGGAGGAAAUGCAGUUCCCCUAACGACCCAACAACGUUUUUGGACCAAAAGACUUCAUUUACUGUGGAUAACGCAAUCUAUGGAGAGAUCCGAAGACAAAGAGGAAUUCUAAGAAUUGAUCAAAACUUGGGUCUUGAUAGAUCAACCAGUGGGAUUGUGUCUGGUUAUGCAUCAAGCAAUACACUCUUCAGAAAGAGAUUUGCCGAAGCAUUGGUGAAAAUGGGUACCAUUAAGGUUCUUACCGGACGUUCUGGAGAGAUCAGGAGAAACUGCAGAGUCUUCAACAACUGAGGACGUUGAUUCUUGCACACAUUCUUUACAAUUAUUCACGGAGAGAUCCAAAGACUGAGCGGAAUCCUACGUUUUUUCUUUUCUUUGCUUUUUUUCUUACAAAUCAAAUCGGAAAGUGUGUUUGUUCCGGUAUCAUGUUUUAUUUUUCCCUAAAAAUUGAUUCGCGUGUUUCAUUUUCAUGAACUAUAUAUUGUUCUAAUUUGAUAUUAACUUCUUUUUUUGGCUCUGUGGUGUUCUAAUUUCUUGUUUUUUUUAUGUGCUUACUCCCUUCUUAACCUAUGACGUUUUGGAUAACAAUGUUUAAUGAAUAAUGGCUCUGUUAACAGUUUCUAAAACUCAUUCGACAAGAACUUCGCCUUUUCAAGGUUUUUCUACCAGCAAUAUAUGAGGGUUUCUUUUCAGUUUCAUGUAUGUGAGAACUAUAGGUUUUGAUGUAUGUUUUCAACUGUAUCAUCUACGAAAAUAUUCUGAAGAAA